UAUCCAAAUAAAAGGUUUGACCAAACACCACUACUAAGCUUUCAAUCCAGGAUAUGGAGAAGAAUGGGAGUAGUAAAACGGCAUCGGCGUUACGCUGGGGAAUCCUCCGCCGUGCCCUUAUUCCUUCCACCACCACCACCACCACCACCAUUGAUUCCCAAGAAGAGGAAGCAUCUAUAUCUAGAAAGCCUAAUAAUAAUAAUAAUAACAAUAAUGUUGGGUUCGGUUUGAUACCGUUCCGUUUAGUAUCAUCGGAUCGAUCUAAACAACAAGAAUUAUUCACAAACGAAGCAGAAGAAGAAGAAAAAGAAAAAGAAAAAGAAAAAGCUUGUUGUGUAUGCUAUACAUUGCCUGAUCACAAUUCUACCAAGCUCUUUUUAUAUCAAAGAGUGGACAAUUGUGCAAAUCUCAACGACUUCAGGAUCUGUAACACAUAUGACAUUGACAACACGGGCAUUGUUUGUUCUUGGCCAUCAGAGGAAGUCCUUGCUUAUUAUUGUUUAUCUCAGCUAGACUUAUUCAGGUCUAAAAGAGUAAUUGAACUUGGAUCAGGAUACGGCCUAGCAGGCUUACUUAUAGCUGCUGUCACAAAAGCAUUAGAAGUUGUUAUAUCAGAUGGAAAUCCUCAAGUAGUUGAUUAUAUUCAGCGUAAUGUAAAGGCGAAUUUAACUGUAUUUGGUGGUACAAAAGUGAAAUCUAUGAUGCUGCACUGGAACCAUGAUGAACUCUCAGAUAUGUCUAACAGCUUUGACAUCAUCGUUGCAAGUGAUUGUACUUUCUUCAAAGAAUUCCAUAAAGGCCUUGUUCAAACUAUCAAAUGCUUGUUAAGGAAAGAAGGGACAUCAGAAGCCAUUUUUGUGGGCCCUAAAAGAGGCAACUCAUUAGAUGAGUUUUUGAUGGAGGUAAAACAGAGUGGCUUGCAAUUUACAGUUGAUGAAAUCUACAAUUCAGAAGUUUGGAGGCGUCAUCAGAACUUUAGCAACAACGACGCCUCUUGGCCUAACUAUGAGAAGGAUCACUGCUACCCGUUAUUGGUCCGAAUUACACUUUAAAAUCUGAAGGUUUUCCAUUUUUGUUUGCCUCUAUUUUAUGCUACUUGAAUUUAGCAUGAGUUACUUCUCGUUUUUCUCGCUACAUUUUCUUUAUUAAAAACAGGCAGCCUGCACAGAGCAUUGUUUUCUAAUUGUUUUUGUUUUAUGUCCAUGAAUUCUUCAUUUCUCUCUUCAAGAACUCGUUAGUCAAGUUUGGACACUGUUAUGAAAGCUUUCAUAGUUCAGGAUCAUCUAACAUACCCAACCAAAUUAAGGGUACUGAAAUUGCAUUUUGUUCUUUUGAUGUAAAUAAUUAUUCAAUGACGUUUUGUAUCUGAGAAUCAUAUGCACGGAAUAAGUUCUAUAGGGAAUAUUACUUGGUUGGUCAAGUACUCAAGAAAGCAGAAUGGCAUAAAAGCCAAAAAUACCGUGGAACAUUCUUUUGUGAGUUUGAGCGUUGGCGAAGAAAUCAAUCAGAAUAUGCUACUGUUGGUUACCAUUAAGUAAAAAUAAACACCUUAAUUGUAACAAACAGUCAAUUACUAACCGAUCUACCUUAGUAUUUUUUUCA